CUGAGUGAACCCUCCGGCAGCGAGCCGUGGACGGUUCCGAUUGCUCCCACGGACGGGAUAGCUCCGACGCUGGCGCCCGCCGCUGGCCUUCCCACCGCGGCCGUGGGCGAGGCUGUGACACCGCUACCAACUGCGGCAUUGGCGUCGGUAGCCACCGCGCUACCCACCGCCGCUCCGCUCCCGGUAUCGCCCGAAGGCACCGUGCAGACCGUCCCCGACGCUGAAGCCGAAGCGGCACUAACCCGCUAUCAGCGCCUGCUCCGCUCCACUUGGGACACGGAUUUUACGCGUACUACGAUCUCCUUCGAAGAGAUCAUGACCGGCGGGCCGCCCAAGGAUGGCAUUCCGGCAAUCGACGACCCGCAGUUUGAGUCAAUCGCCGAAGCCGACGUAUGGCUGGAUGACCUUGAACCCGUGCAGGUGGUGGACAUUGACGGCGACGCCCGCGCGUAUCCGGUGCAGGUCAUGGUCUGGCACGAGUUGGUCAACGACACCGUUGGCGGGGAGCCGGUCGUAAUCACCUUUUGA